AAAAAACAUCAAGAUGCUUUAAAAAAAGAAAUAAAAAAACAGACACCAAGCUUUGAUAUAAUCAAAGAUAAAAUGAAAAGAACUUGUGAGUACAGACAACUUUUCUGCCAUGCCCACACAACUGCAGAAGUUCUGGAAGAAUUUCCGUGUUUACGACUAAAUAUUUUUUUUACAGCAGAUGUGCUUUUGCUGUAUGGUGUAGAUGUAACCAAUUUAAAAAUGAAAUUUCUAACCCUUUAUGAUGGUGCGAUCAAAGAAGCAGCCAAAAGAUGCAAAAAAUAUUUUGAAUAUUCAAGAAUGAUAAACAAAUAUUUAGAAGAAACUUUGGACAAUGAUAAACAACAGGAUUGGAAGGUGAUGUUUGUUACAUUGCUGUUACCCUCAUUAUUUGGGGAGAAAGAAGAGUUGUUUUUUCCCUUACCAAAGCAGCAAAUACCACUUAGUCCAGUCAUAUUGUCACAAGACGACAAGUGGAAUAUAUCAGUCGACAAGGAAGUUUUGUUUCCUAAAACUAUUUGCACUUUUUCCGCGGCUUUUCAAGCAUGGUUUGCAGCAUUUUGGAUAUUCAGCAUUGAAUUCCCAAAAAGAUUGUCCAAUACAUGUCAAUUUUUAGAAAAAGUGCUUCUUGGUGGGAAAGAAAAAGUGCCAAAUAUUGUCAGCAAAUGGGGCAACCGUCUUUUGCACUAAAAUAUAACUUUUGUUUUUUGUCUGUUUUUGUUGUAAAUCUUUAUAAUUUAUUUAUGUUUUUUUGUCACUAAAUUCGAAAAAACUUCUGAAUAUUUGCAAUAUUUCUAAA